ACCGCGGCCGGGCGUCAGUCGAAUCAACGCGUCGAUCGCCGUACGAGGUGACAUUAUACUGCAGCUUGAAGACCACAGAAAUCAAUAUUACCGUUGUGUCGUGUUGUAAAUUAUUGUACAUAAGGACACACCCGUGGGCAGCCUUUAUAUCAUUUAAUACACGGCACAUUGCGAUAUCAAAAAUCAUCGUGCGAGAUCAGCUCUUGCAGCAUAAUCGUGUGUACUUGGUACAUUCGUCGACAUUAUGAAGGUAUCUGCAGCGACCGCCGUCCUGGUUGCUCUGGUCGCCACCGUGCAGAGCUCGGACCCGUGUAAUAUAUCCACUUGCUACAAGAGCGGAACGACGAAACCACCGACGACCGUGACUCCCACUCGCCUGCCGGUGCAGUCAUCGUCUACGCCAACAAGCCAUCAACAAACCACGUACGCCAAGGACCAUGCGCACAGUUCAAUCGCUGCCAAGUCCGGAGCUAAUGCCACGGCCACGACAGCCAGCGGAGCGUUUGUCAACGGCACGGAGCGGCCAACCGUUGUAAAGUCUUCUUCCGGGGCACCCGGAAACGCCACCACACCUAAGCCAACAAUGACUGAAGGACAUGUAGCUCUUAAACAGAAGUUGAACACAAUCGCGGUAAAGUGUAAAGAUGAGUUGCAUGCACCUCAGGAAAUCAUGGCAUUGGUUAGCAACACAGUAGUACCACAGAAUGAACAGCAAAGGUGCUACUUAGAGUGCGUAUAUAAAAAUCUAAACUUGCUAAAGAAUAACAAGUUCAGUGUGGACGAUGGUAAGGCGAUGGCUAAAAUACGUUUCGCUAAUCAACCAGAAGAACACAAGAAGGCGGUGACAAUAAUAGAGACUUGUGAAAAAGAAGUUAUUAUCGAUCCGAAAACCGCCGAAAAAUGCGCAGCUGGAAAAGCGAUCAGAAACUGUUUCGUUAAAAAUGGAGAAAAAAUAAAUUUCUUCCCUAAAGCAUAAGUCUGGUUAUGUGAACAGAAAAUGGAAAGUAUGAGUUUGAUCAUUUCAACCAAACAAGGAUAUAC